AUGGUCAUACGCUCCCAUAAAAUCACUCGGGUGGUAUUCUGGAAAACAGAGAUCUCUGUUCUCUUAACUUAUUUGGAUGGUUUUGAUAUACAUGUCUUUUACAGAACUCUACUGUUUUGGAUGGAGAACCUUACAAUGGUAACGCCACUCAAACAGCCUAUUGUGUUCGAGCUGGAAGGCUUCUUUGUACCACCAGGCUACAGCUCUUUGCUGUUCUUCCUGGCUCUGUUAAACUACAUAGUGGUGCUGUUGGGGAAUGGUGUGGUGUUGUGUGUCAUUGUCAUAGAUAAGAGCCUGCACAGACCCAUGUUCAUACUGGUUUGUAACCUGGUAGUUUGUGACCUGCUGGGGGCCACAGCGGUGCUGCCUCGCCUCAUGAUGCACUUCUUAACGGGCCAGAAGAGGAUCGCCUACAUCCUCGCCAUCGCCCAGGCCUUCUGUGUACACACGUAUGGAGCUGCAGUGCAGACUAUUCUGGGUGCGAUGGCCUAUGACAGGUACAUUGCUGUAUGUGAGCCACUCAGGUAUCACGCCAUCAUGACAUCGGCUCGGCUGCACUUCUGCUGUGCCCUGGCCUGGUUCAUCGCUCUGCUGUUGAUUGCUGUACUUUUUGCUUUCCACAUAAACACUCCGCUGUGUGGCAACAUCAUCCGGCAUGUCUACUGCAGCAACCGCACAAUCAUAAGCCUGGCCUGCAGUCCCACCCUCCCAAGUAACAUCGUUGGUCUGUCCAUGACAUGGUCCUUUAGUACAGGUAUCUUCGUCAUCAUUGCUUUUUCAUACAUCAGAAUCCUGCAUGCUUCCGUUAAACUAGGCCGAUCUGACAGCAGCGCCCAAAGCAAGGCCCUUCGGACAUGUGCACCGCACCUUGUUGUGUAUCUGGUCUUUGAAAUUGCUUCAUUGAUCAUAGUUGUGAGUUAUCGGUUCCCCUCAGUCUCCAGAAACAUCCAAAAGUUCUUUAGCAUCCUGUUUAUCAUCAUUCCCCCAGUCAUCAACCCCAUCAUCUACGGACUGGUCAGUAAAGAGUUACGUGGCAGCAUCAUCAAGCACUUUAUCACUCAAGUCAGUUGCAAAAAGUGA